AUGAAGAUCAUCUGGGAAAACGGUGUGAAUGUCCUAACAUAUCUUAGGAGUUUAAGAGUUUAUGGUUUUUCCUAUGAAAAACAGGCAGCCAUCUUUGAGUACACUACCACCCUGAAACUCAUGUUUCAGAAACACUGCAAGGAUGGCAGAAUCUGUCAGUAUUUGAAACAGAUAAUAAUGGGAAAAAUCCAAACUCUCAUCUCAGAGUUUCUCCUUCUGGACCUUCCCAUUCAGCAAGAGCACAAGAACCUGUUCUAUGCCCUGUUACUGGCCAUAUAUCUUAUCACCAUCCUGGGGAACCUCCUCCUCCUCAUCCUCCUUCGCCUGGACUCCUGUCUCCACACACCCAUGUAUUUGUUUCUCAGCAACAUGUCCUUCUCUUAUCUCUGCUCUUCCUCUGUCACAAUGCUCAAAUUGCUACAGAACAUGCAAAGCCAAAUUCCAUCCAUCCCCUGUGCAGGCUGCAUGACACAAACUUACUUCUUUUUGUUUUUUGGAAACCUUAUGAGUUUCCUCUUCAUGGCCAUGGCCUAUGACUGCUAUGUGGCCAUUUUAUUCCCCCUCCAGCACCCUCAUGAGCUCAAGUUCUGUCUCUCCCUGGUGGUGCUGUUCUGGGUGCUGACCAUGUUCUAUUCCUUCUUGUACCUCCUGCUCAUUCACAGAUUGUCUUUGUCUGCAGACAAUGUGAUCCCACACCUUUCCUGUGAAAUAUCCACCCUGCUGAAGUUGGCCUGCACCUACACUCAUGUUAAUGAGUUGAUGCUAUUUAUUAUAGGAGGAGUUGUUUUCAUCCCAGUCCUACUCAUUCUUUUGUCCUAUACAAGGAACAUGUCCUCCAUUCUUGAAGUCCCUUCUGCUCAAAGUAUCUGCAAGGCCUUCUCCACCUGUGGCUCCCACAUUUUUGUGGUGUUGCUGUUCUAUGGGACAGUCAUUGGUCUCUACUUAUGUCCAUCAGCUAAUAAUUCAACUGUGAAAGAUACUGUCAUGGCUCUGAAGUGCACAGUUGUGACUCUAAUGCUGAACUCCUUCAUCUACAGCCUAAGAAACAGAGUCAUGAAGGAAGCCCCAGGAAGAGCCCUUUAUAAGAAGAAAAUUCCCUUCCAUGUGUGA